GGAAACUAUAAUGUCUGAAAUCAAAAUGGUGAUGGAAAACCACGGCAUGAGCGUCGAUUAUCGCCAUAUCAUGUUACUGGCGGCCCAGAUGACUCACACUGGGGAAGUUUUGGGAAUCACACGCUACGGUCUCUCAAAAAUGAAACAAUCAAUCCUCAAUCUGGCUUCAUUCGAGAAAACGGCGGACCAUUUAUUCGACGCAGCCUACUACGGACAAACGGACAAGAUCAACGGGGUCUCCGAAAACAUCAUCAUGGGCAUGCCCGCCCCCAUUGGUACCGAGAUAUUCAAACUCCUGCACAAACCCCUCCACGUGGACGAAAACCCCCAAUCAGAACCCCUACUAUUUGAAACUGCUAUUGCUGAAUAAACUAUGUAUUUAAGAACUUUUACAUUAAAAUAGAAAAUAAAUUAA